CGAAAAGAACGUAAAGGAGAAGUGCUACAAAAGCCGACAUUAUUCAUAACUAAAUGAAAUGUAAAUUAUUAUAACAAUGUGAAAUAAAAAUCCUUGUAUUUGUAAGACGAAAUAGACAUUUUAUUUUCUCAUCUCUUUUUCCGUACAUAUCUAUCAUUACACGCACAACCAAAAGAAUUACAUGGAAAACUACCGAAACACGUACCUCGAAGCAAAACGAAUGUCUUUUUAACGAAAAACAAGAAAUUUCACCACCAUCGCACCUAUAUCUGGUGACAAACUUAAACCAUUUACAUAAAACGUGGAUUAUUUAUUAUCAUCGAUACCAACGUUCGCACGUAUCGUACAACGUAAAGUCGUCGCGAUGUAUCGGGAACGUCGGCUUCUCUCGCAGCGAACGUUCGAUCGGCUCUUACACAAAUAUUUUUGUACAAUAGCCUCGGGAGGGGGUGGUCCGAUGUUGGCCCCUCCCGUGGCCCAGGGGCCCGCAGGACGGCCCGUCGGCGGUGCAGGUGUCGGUGCAGGAGGCCUGGGAAAUCGCGGACAACAACAGUCCGUCGGCCCCGCGGCCGCGCUUUGGCCUUUGACCCCGACGCAGUCGUCGGUUCCACCCAACGGACAGUCCCAGGGCACGCCGCCGCUUCCAGCCACCCCAGCGCCUGCCCACACCCAAGGCGUGAAUCGAUAUGGAUUGUACUCGUUGUUUCCCGGUAGUAAUCCCGGGGGUUACGUUGCCGCAACACCGGCAACACCUGGACCACCGCCUGCCAGAGCUUAUCACGCGACAACGCACAAGGUUUCAGAGAGCGUAUUUUCAGCGGCCGUCGGCGUCGGCGUCGGCGUCGGUGGAUACACAUGGGGAGCUCCCACCCCGCCCCCCGGUUCGCCCUACAGCCCUGGACCCGUGACGCAGCUGGAGCUUUUGGCCAAGAAUCUGGCGAGUCUUGCGCCUCCGGCGCAACAAGCUCUCAGCCUUCAGGGCGUCGGGGUGAACGUAGGGAGCUUGCAUCACGCCCAGCACACUCAGCACACUCAGCACACUCUAAACCUCGCCGGGCUUCAUCAUCUUCAUCACGGCGGAAUUCACCAGAGUGCCGGAUUUUCGCCGCAGCUUUCGCUCGUUACCGGAAGCGCGCCUGCCUUGACGAUAAACAGUUUUUCCUCACCGAAUUCGGCAGCCUCGCCGACGACGGGCGUCCUCCUCCAGGAUUACCAGUCGCCGAUAUCCUCGAACACGAUCAGCUGCCCGACGUCUCUCGGCACGUCGACGUCGGGGCCCGUUAACGGAGCGACGACGAGCGGUAACGCGAUGCUGAUACAGGGAACGACUUACCAGGGCAUCGCCAAGAGGAGAGAGGCCUUUUUACCCAGUCAAGGGCAGCCGAUUAAACUUGAAAACAAAAGCAGGCAGCCUUGCGUCUGCAGGAACACUAAUGGCAAGACGAAAGUCGUCCAUUCCGACGCCGGAUGCAGCAGAACUCUGCCGAUCGUCUCGUCCUGGAACGGGCAGCAGGAUAAUAUCGGGACGAAUUGCAGCGCAAUCAGCUCAGCGGCAACCCUCGUCAAGAGGGAACCUAUUACCUCGGUUCCGUGCCAGGUCGCCGAAGUCUCCACGUCCUUGCACGCCACUGCAACCGCUGUUAAAAUCGAACCACUCCCACCGAAGUCGGAAAACGGUAUCGUAGUGUCGAAUUCGGGGAGCGGUAUUCCCGUGGGAAUAGCAGUCGCCCGUCAGAGGCUGCAGCAUCAGGAAACUUCGUCGUCGACGACGAGGAACGUCUCCUUGAGUCAUCACACGUCGCAUCACGCGAGCUAUCAUCACUUCCAGCCGGAUAAUAUGGGAGGUGCCGCGGCCAUGACAGUGGGCGGGGCUACGCUGGUGCAUUGUGGGGCCGCGGGGGAAGAUCGGCCUGCCCACCUGACCAUACCCUCAGCCACACUUCCGCCCGGGCUCAACGCCGCCCUCAAUUCAUCCCUGAAUGCAACCCUCGGGAGUCUCGGGAACGGCGCCACCACCGCCACCGCUUGGCCCCACACUUUUUGGCAGUAUCCAACCGCAGCGAUGCCGAUGGACCCUGUGGGCUUCCCUCAAAUGGGAAUCGGAGGUCUUCAAGGCGGUCUUCAGCUCGUCAGAGACCCGUCAACCGGCCACCUUCUUCUCAUACACGCUACAGCAGAACAAGUUCAGCAGGCCGUGGUUUGGCCAAACUACGCUGGUAACAACGGAGGCAACGUUGGCCCGCCCCCGCUUUUACUGCCUCCGCCGCCGCCCCCGUCUCUACAACUUCUCAGUGAUAUUGGGGGUGCUCGUAUCGUCCUCACCGACAACAAACGGAAACAGCAGAACAAUUUACCCAUUGUCAAAAUCGAAGCUGAUUGCAGCAACAGUCCAACUACUAUCAUUACAUCCGCCGAAUCGACGAAAGCUCUGCAAACCGUGACAUCGAUGUCCGGCGCACUGAUUCCCGACUCGCCGCUCGUUACCACGCUCCAUUAUUACCCGCAUGCACCAGCUCUGGUACAAAUCAGCCAGGCGGAACCUGCCCACUGCAGGUCACAGGCGACCUCACCGGUUUCCUGCCUCACACCGCCUCCGGAAUCAACGCCGACACCGGUCAUCGAAACGCCGGAAGUGACGCCGAUCGGUGUUCAGGACGCCUCGAAUCAGACGGAUUCACCUGACGAUGAGGAGCUUCCGGUUCUCGACGCGAUCGUCAAGCAGGAGCAGAACUUGAGCCCCUGCCAAAUGCACGGAAGUAUCAACGGCAACGGCAGCGGCAACGCGAACACGACGAAUUUCGAGAUAGUCUCGUCGCCGGAGAAGUUCUGCAACAACAUCGUGAAAGUCGCAAGCGUUAACGGCAUCAGCGUUUCCAACGUUGUCGGUAAGGUUGAGAAGAACGAUAACACGUCAAUCGGCGUUACCGAUUCUCCCAGGUACCCGACGACGAGUCCAACGAGGCUGGAAUCCGACGUAGUGAGGAGCAUUACGUCUGUUGACAGAACGAUUGAACACGUUGUCAACUGCCAUGGUCAGGAAGAGAAGAUGGUCUCGGAUCUAAGAUCCGGGCUUAAGAUAAUCGAACUCACGGAGGAGAACUGCGACAGUUUUCACGAGAAUUUGGAAUUCUUUAGCAGGCGGAGAAGCUCCGAUCAUUCGGUGAAAGUUAGCGAACUUGGCAGAACUCAAACUUUGCCUGUUGAAGAGAGGAAGGAGAAGGGUUGUGGAACAACGAACAUCGCCGAGGUCAGGACCAAGGUCGAAACCGUCGAGGCUAUCGCCGUUAGGGUCGAUGAACUUAAAGUUGAGAAUUCGAACGUUUCGACGAAGAAGAUUAAUUUCGAAACUUCGUCGAAGGGCUCGGUGCAGAAUUCAAACUGCGUGAGCUGUCACGCGAAAUUGGAAGCUCCGAGUAUUCAUAAUCAUUCCGAUGUUGUCAAGAAGUCUUUUGACAUGCCGUCGAUUGACGCCGAGGAACAAAAUUGCAAGCAAGUCGUUGUCAAAAUGGAAAAAGACGACACGUUUACCGAUUGUAUUUACUCGCAGAAAUUGCAACCGCAAAUGCAACCGAUCCUGCAUCACGGUCAGCUGCAAACUACGGAGAAAUCAAAGUGCCAGGAGAGGAUUAGCGAACCGGCGAAACGACACUCGGCGGAAAAGUAUCAUCCCGGUAUCGAGAAUGUGGUUGAAAAAUUGAAGAAAAACGCGGCGGCAGCUUUGCAAGAUAUUAGAAAAUCGGAGGACGAUGAACAGGUGAAUCGAAUAUCGAUGAAUACCGAGAAUCAUUUGCGCGUUUUGAAAGUCGAGGAUAACGGUUGUCGGGUGAAUUCCGGUGAGAAUAUGGAGAAUGUUUCUUACGUGAUGGAAAACGGGGAUACUUUUAACGAGAGAGUCAAGUGCGAGGAGAAGAAUGAUCAUUUGCGAAAGUCUGACGAAACCGGAAAGCGGAUCCCUUUGAACAACAAAACGCUGAACUCGAAACGACCGGAAAAUCACAGUUAUAAUUCACCGAAAAAAAAUUACGUAUUCAACAAUUACACGUUGAACAACAAUAUCGAGGAACAAUCCGAUAACGAUAUUUCAUCUGUGAAAUCCGAAUCUUUGGUUACUCAGCCGCAGGUCUAUCCUUCGCCUCCGAAGAAGGAGUACGUAUCGAAAAUAUCGGCGGUAAAAAGUGGCGCCAUUUUGACAAAGGACAAAGGAGCAAAGCUUCCGGUAAAGUCCACGAAAUCGAACGUUUCGAAAGUUAAACUGGCGGUCGAUUUGAGCGGGCUUGAAUUGCUUUCGAACAGUAUCGAGCAGUUCGAACACCUGAAACCCGGCUUCGAAGCCGCGCGAUCUCAGGAAGCCGAGUCUGGAAAUGAGUAUCCGGAAUCGCCGACAAAGCUGGGAACAAUAUCGCCGCAGAGCGAAAGCAACAACAACAAUGUCGAGAGUCCUUUGGGGCUGCUUUGCGCGUUGGCGGAGCAGAGAUUUAUGGAGGAAGUCGUCGGAGAUGAGCCAAAGAAAUCAUCGGCGGUCGAUAAUUCUGAGGAGGUAUCGCACGCCGGAAGAUUGUUGUUGAAUUUGGGAAAGGGGAACGCCGUUUUAAAGGAAGACACGUUUCGCGUCGAGAAGAGGAAACACUCCGAGAACGGUGUCGGCGAAGACGAGAGUUGCGAAGACGCCAAGAAACCGCGGAUCGACGAGAGCCCGAAGAACAGUCUUCACAAACCGUACGAAGAAUCAGCGAAACGUAAGCAAACCGAUGAGCCGACGGAGCAGUGGCACGAAUUUAAAGAGAAAACGAGACGCCAGAUCGAUUUCUCGAACGGAAAUUUUCUCGGUUUUAAUACGGCUAAGAAAGAAGAGGACGAAAAGAUAGUGGAUUCGUCUACUGAUCGCAAGGCGUUUAAACCCAGUGGAAUGAACGGGCAGGAACGGGGUCUCCGACCUGUGAAAAAUUUCGAAGUUGAAAAUGGUCGGGUCCAUGGUACGUACAAAAAGAAAUACGAAUACUACAUACGCAACAGCAAGGAUUCCAUCGACGAGAGAUGUCGCGAUAACGAUUUCACGGAUUCCGAAGCCGAGCAAAACGCGCCGGACGGUGACCGUAUCGUUAGUAAUAACAAACACUCGAUACCUGAAAACGGGAGUUUGAAAAAUGUCAACCCUGCGACCAUCGACGACUCCCGUGAUUCUCAUCACAGGUAUCGAAGUCAGCAGGCCGAAGUGGAGGCGAAGAAAUUCAUCGCCCGUAAAGGACAACCCGAUGGAGACACCGAAUGGCCGAACAUGGACGCCAUGGAGCUUGAUAUGCGAGUAAAGCUUGCCGAUAUUCAGAAAAAGUACAAAGAAAAGCAAAAGGAACUGUCCAGGCUGACACCGAAAAAGGACGACAAAAAGGGCCCUGGAAGACCCAGGAGAAAGAGUCAUUCUUCAAGCUCGGAAUGUGACCGCACUAUUUCAUCGUCACCGCCUCUGGAGGUGAUUGAAUCUCCUCAAAAGUCACGGGUGCGUUCUCCGGAGGCAGUAUCGCCGCCUCUGACAACUGGCGUGGUAGGAAUGCCACGAUGUAACGUGAAUUUGGUGAAACUCGGUGAGCCCCGAAGUCACAUCAAGCUUCUGGAUAGCAUCCCGAGCAUACCGAUCCCAGUGCCACCAGUUGCAUCACCAAUCACCGUCUUACCAACUAGUACAAUAUUGCAGGACACCGAAGAGAAGAGUUUGACAAGGCUUGAAUACGACACGUCUUCGCCCGCCCCGACUCUCACCGGCCUAAGCUCGGCAUCGAAAAAACGAAAGGUCGGAAGACCCAGGAAACUUAUGUGCGCUUCCGGCAGCAUAAGGCAUCUGACGGAAACGAUCGUGGCAAAGAAACCGAAGAGCAAAGCUUCGCUGGUUAGUUAUUUACUGGCAGCAAAAAAUCGUCACCUCCAAAACAAGUUGGCUAAUAAGACGGGUUACACACCUCUGCCAUUUAAAUCGUCGGGUCCAUCUGCCGCAAAGGCAAAUACUAAAGUACAAAAAACUUCAAAGAAUUCGGGAAAAGGUAAAUCGAAACCGGCAAAGCAAACGCCGUUGCAUAACAAAAGUGUGAUCAGCUCAAUAAUAGCGGAGAAGGAAAAAUUCAGCACGAAUGCAAAGCUUGAAAAACAGGUGAACAAGGUGAAACCGAAAUUGAAGGCCGAGGCAAAGCUGAAGACCUGGAAAGAUGACGAAAACGGGGAAUGGAACAACGUGGCUGAGAAUAUUCCACCAUCGGACACCUCGUCGCGGGUUGAAUCUGCAGAGGAAACGAAAGUCGUGCCAGUCGAAAAGAGCGAACGGGACAAAGAUAAGCAUGAAAAAUCGAAAAAGAAGAAACGCAAAUCCUGCUCAUCAUCGCCGAAGAGACGAAAGUCGGGUGACCGGGAUACGAAAGACUCGAAACGGCGGAAAUCAAUGGAGUACAAGGAGUGCAAGGAAUGUGCGAAGGUCGCGAAAACUGAGAAAAGUGAAAAGACUGCGGAGAGAACCGAGAGUGUCAUGAACAGGUGCAAAUUGACUUCCGCCCACUUGGCUAUUGAUCAGCUAAGAGUUCUUACAGCAAUGGGUGGCCUCUUUUAUGCCGGUAGGCUUAGCGCCGUCGAGCCUCCUGACGUUUACGCCAUAACUUUGGACGGCGAAAGGGGGAACAGACCACACAUUCAUCCGAGAGAAGAAAUAUUCCGAGAUGCUAUUGUGGAAGUCUGCCCAGCCUCUACAAGUGAAAUAACACCCGGAACGAGACUUUGCGCCUACUGGAGUCAGCAGUAUCGUUGUCUGUACCCGGGAACAUCCGUUGAAUCUUCCGAACCUGAUCCUGAAUUAGAUGCGAAAUUUGUUAGCGUGGAAUUCGAUGACGGGGAUAGCGGUAGGAUUGCUUUAGAUGAUAUAAGACUACUGCAACCUGACUAUCCGGUUGUUGAAUACGACCCAAACCCUCUUCUCACCCUCGGUAAGCGUCGCAGACAGACUUCCUCAUCGACGGAAGAAAAACGAGUGCCAACGCGGAAUCAACAACAGGCUCUCAACGCACCGAGUACUAGCAGGGAAAUCAAGCCUAAUGAACCUUCGAAAACUGAAGAUGCGGAUUCGAAGGUUAACGAUGAUUAUCGCGAGAGAAAACGAUUGAAGAAACGAAGAAAAGACAAACUAAAAAGGCUCCAGGACGCUCAGGAUGGAAAGAAGAAACACAAGAAGCACAAUCUCUGCGAGGAACACAGAAAACAUAAACAUAGGAAGCAUAGGAAACAUCGACACAGGCACAGUCAUCACAGCGGUCACAGCAGUCACAGCGAAGCGAGUCAUCACAGUGGAGCGGAAAGUUGUUCGGGCCAAAAAAGUGAGGAAGAAUCAUCGAAUCAUUCGAAAGUAGAGGUAGAAGCAGAGGUUCAAGCGGAGGAAAAGCAAGUCGCGGUGGAAACGCCACAGCAGAUACUAGAGGACAUCGUUGAGGAAGAUGAAGAAAUGGUUGAAGAGAAACAAGACAAGUCGAAAAAGAAUGAUAAAAAAGCAAAGCCUCGUGAACGGCAGGAAUCGGUUGAAAGUCGUAGCAAAAUGGCAGCUUUCUUGCCAGCCAGACAGUUGUGGGGUUGGGCGGGUAAAGGAUAUCGGAGGCCAGGUGCUAAGGGAAGAGCAAAGAAACAGUUUUACAAGGCAAUAAAACGAGGAAACGAGACCAUCGAGAUCGGUGACAGCGCCGUUUUUCUCUCCACGGGAAGACCGGACCGACCUUAUAUCGGAAGGAUCAAAUCCAUGUGGGAAACGUCUAGCUCAAACAUGAUUGUCAAAGUUAAAUGGUUCUAUCAUCCCGAAGAAACCGUCGGCUGUCCCACAAACCUGAAAUAUCCAGGCGCACUAUUCGAAUCGCCUCAUACGGACGAGAACGACGUGCAAACAAUAUCGCAUAAAUGCGAAGUACUGCCGCUUGAACCGUACGCUGAAAAAUUGAGCAAAGAGCCCCACAGAUACUUGACGAUAUAUGACAACAAUGACAUAUAUUAUUUAGCCGGAUACUACGAUCCUACAACUUACCUGUUGAAUAUGCAGCCGGGUGUUGUUUGAGAACAGCUUAAGCUGAGGAUUAAGUUAUCCGGGGUAGCUUAAUCGCGUGUCAGCUGUCAAAAUUUGCUAAAUUGAUGAUAAUGUCUUCGACUCAGAACCCCGUGUAACAAAAUUUGCGACGAAGUUAAAAAUCACAUUAAAUAUAUGACCUCAAGUCGAAGUGUAACGUGACAAAUAUCGUCGUCGGUGAAGGCCUUAUUGUUGAUCGGUGUCAGUGUCGCGACGAGCACAUCAUCUUGGCCUAAAAA